AGGAAUUUACACCAAACAAAAACAAUAUGGCUGAUUUUUGUAUUGACCAAGGACUUGACAAGGUCUUCAAAUGUAAUUAGUUUUUUCCACUGGAAUUUAACGACAAAUGACACCAGAUGUUAGCAGGCAAGUGACAAUUGCUUAAAAACAAUGAGUGAACAUUCGGCAUUACAUAAAACGGUUGAAGCCACCCAUGCAAAGGCUGAUACUGUACAAGAAGUGAAGAAAAAGGAACAGAAAAAGACGGGAAAGAAUCAACCAAAACAGGAUGAUUGUAAUUCUGGAAACGAGGUCAGUAAAACAGAUGACCCCAGAAUGAAUCCCAAUACCUGCCAUGAAAAGAAGGAAGAGAACAAUUCUGAAGAGACUAAAUCUAAAGACACUACUGGUAAUGAAAGUGCUGUGUCAAAAGAAAAUGGAAAGGACAAAUUGAAAGUGAACCAGGUGAAAUUUACUAUAGGAGAUACCCAGCCUCUGGAUGAGGAGCAAGAAAUAAGCCGUAUUGAGCGUCCAUGUUCUGCAGGGCGUAAUAUCAUUGUAGGUGUGUGUGCAAUGUCCAAAAAGUCUGUAUCGAAGCCCAUGAAGGAGAUUUUAGAACGACUGACUAAUUUUGAAAAGAUUGAGAUCUAUGUUUUCCCAGAAUCAGUCAUUCUGAAUGAGUCAGUUGAGAACUGGCCAGUUGUUGAUGUUUUGAUUUCAUUCUUCUCCUUCGGCUUUCCGUUAUCAAAGGCAAUUGAGUACUACAACUUGAGAAAGCCGUACGCCAUUAACGAUCUGCAGACUCAGUAUACUUUAAUGGACAGGAGAAAGGUGUAUACAAUAUUGAUGCAGGAAGAGAUUCCCCAUCCAAGAUAUGCUGUGUUAACUAAGGAGGGGGACGAAGUGACGUGUAAAGUGCAUGAAACUGAAGAUUCGAUUGAAAUUGAUGGUGAUGUCUUCCAAAAGCCGUUUGUGGAGAAACCUGUUGACGCCGAGGACCACAAUGUCAACAUCUACUUCCCAAUAGCUGCUGGUGGAGGGAGCACGAGGCUGUUUAGAAAGGUCAAAGAUCGAAGCAGUUUUUAUUCUCCAAUGAGCCGAGUAAGAAAAGCUGGUUCUUACAUUUAUGAAGAGUUUAUGCCAACAGAUGGCACUGAUGUUAAAGUGUACACAGUUGGGCCAGACUAUGCUCAUGCAGAAGCCCGUAAGAGUCCAGCACUUGACGGCAAAGUGGAAAGAGACCAAGAUGGGAAAGAAAUCCGCUAUCCAGUUCUGCUCAGUGCCAAAGAAAAAAUGAUUGCCAAAAAAGUGUGUCAAGCAUUUAAGCAAAAUAUUUGUGGAUUUGACUUGUUGAGAGCCAAUGGAGAGUCAUAUGUCUGUGAUGUUAAUGGUUUUAGCUUUGUGAAAACUUCCAGCAAGUAUUAUGAUGACUGUGCCAAAAUACUAGGGACCAUGAUAACCCGGGCUCUUGCUCCUCAACUUCAGCUGGAGAUACCAUGGGUUCUCGGAGCAGCUCCAGAAGACAUCCCUGUUGUUCCCACCACAUCAGGGCCCAUGAUGGAGUUGCGCUGUGUGUCCGCCAUUAUUCGGCAUGGAGACCGAACUCCGAAACAGAAGAUGAAGAUGGAAGUUAAACAUACAAAGUUUUUUGAAUUGUUUGAGAAAUAUGGUGGAUUUAAGUCGGCUCAUUUGAAACUGAAAAAGCCGAAACAGUUGCAGGAAGUGCUUGACAUAGUGCGCUACCUGCUGAGUGAGAACAAAGAGUUUGUAGAUCCUGAGGUGGAGGAGAAAAAGGCCAAGUUACAGCAGCUCAAACUGGUCCUGGAAAUGUAUGGUCAUUUUUCGGGAAUAAAUCGCAAGGUGCAGUUGAAGUACCAGCCCAUGGGUCGUCCGAAACGCUCGUCAAGCGAGGAGGGUGAGCAUCCCGACCAAUUUGAGCCUAUCGAUUGGCACCUCAGGAUAGAUGAAGUUCCAAGGGAACCCUCUCUGGUUCUGAUUGUCAAGUGGGGAGGGGAGUUAACUCCUGCUGGCAAGAUGCAGGCAGAAGAUCUUGGAAAGGCUUUUCGCACUCUGUACCCUGGAGGUCAAGGACAUGUACGUGUCCCAGGGGGAUGGACCGGGUCAACAGCUUCACAAGAUCACCCUAAAUAUUGGAUCCUAGAUAACCACCCAGGUCAGUUUGUUGAUUCUCCGGGACUAGGUUUCUUGCGGCUUCACAGCACAUUCCGACACGAUCUCAAGAUUUAUGCUUCAGACGAAGGCAGAGUUCAGAUGACUGCAGCUGCUUUCACAAAGGGUCUUCUUGCAUUGGAAGGGGAGUUGACUCCAAUUCUCAUACAGAUGGUGAAAAGUGCAAACAACAACGGUUUGCUGGAUGGAGAGGGCAAGACAUCAAAAUACCAACUCUAUAUUAAAGAAAAGCUGAAGGAUAUCUUGAAUGAAGACACAGAGUUCACACAGGAACAUUACAAAAAGCUUGGAGCUGUAAAUAACAUUUCGCUGGUGAAUGCGAUGAAGUUUGUAGAGAACCCUCGCAAAAUGUGUGAGAGAGUACAUAACAUGAUUCGUGAAAUUACCACCAAGAUUCGAGCUCUUAAACUAGAGCUGAAAAAGAAAGAUCUGAAACUGUAUCAUGGUGAAUCUUGGGAACUGUUAAUCCGACGCUGGGCCAAGUUGGAAAAAGACUUUAAGAUGAAAAACAACCGAUUUGACAUUAGCAAGAUUCCCGAUGUGUAUGACUGUAUUAAGUAUGACCUUCAGCACAACCAGAGAACCUUGCAGUUUGAACGGGCUGAGGAACUGUUUAUGUGUUCUAAGGCACUAGCUGACAUUGUCAUUCCACAGGAAUAUGGGAUCACAGUGGAUGAGAAACUGUACAUAUCACAGAGUUACUGUACGCCACUGAUGCGGAAGAUUCACAGCGACUUGCUGCAGUGUGUGAACCACCACAACGAACAGAUAUGUGACUCCGAUGCCACACGGCUUGACUCCAGAUAUUCUAAAGGCGUGGCCUCCCCACAGCGUUUUGUACGCACCCGCUUGUAUUUCACAAGUGAGAGUCACAUCCACUCCCUCCUAAAUAUGCUGCGGUACGGCGGUUUGUGUGAAAAAAACAAGGAUGAACAGUGGAGUAGAGCUAUGGAGUUUCUGAGUGCCACGGCCGAACUCAACUACAUGACCCAGAUUGUCAUCAUGUUAUUUGAAGAUCCCAGCAAGGAUCCCUGCUCGGACGAGAGAUUUCACAUGGAGCUCCAUUUUAGUCCUGGUGCCUACACAUGCUGUGAUACAGGCCUGGGCCCACCACGGGGCAUGGGCUAUCGGCCAAAUCCCAAGUCAGACAAGAAGGAUCCCAGUUGCCAUGAAUGCUCUGUUCACUUCUCUACCUCCUGGCAUUCAAGUCACCAGUUGGAUAUGAGUGAAACGGAUGUGGCGACUUCAAAAUCUUGCAAGGACUUGCGUAAAUCGUCACUUGAGGAACUCAACGAGAAGGAGAUAUUUGAGCACGACACCAGUCCCGUGACUGACUCCUCCAGCUCAGAGUCGGUGAAAACAUUUGUGAAAAAGACCUCCACUCCCCUUCCAAAAUCUCUUGACCCAUCUGUACCUGAGUGGGAUUUUGAUGAUGACAAACAGAAUACCGAAGAAGUGCCAUCUGAGAAAAAGCAGACAACUGAGGAAGUGCCAUCUGAGAAAAAGCAGACAACUGAGGAAGUGCCAUCUGAGAAAAAGCAGACAACUGAAGAAGUGCCAUCUGGGAAAAAGCAGACAACUGAAGAAGUGCCAUCUGGGAAAAAGCAGACAACUGAAGAAGUGCCAUCUGGGAAAAAGCAGACAACUGAAGAAGAGCCAUCUAAGGAAAAGCAGACAACUGGUGAUGAAAAACAACCUUCUGAUGAUAAGCAGCUGGCUAUUGAUAUUGUGGUCGAUAAAGAAGGCGUCUCUACCCAGUUUUCAGAAUCAAAGGCCAAAUCUGUCUCAUUACCCAUACAGAUUUCACCAUCCACAUACACAAAAACACUUUCUUCCUUCAUGUCAGAAAAGGUCCAUUAUGAAGAAAAACGAAGUCGUAGUCUAGAAGAUAAAAAUAGUGAACCUGACCCAGAGAAAAAGCGGAGCAGGAGCCUGGAAGACAAAAACUCCAAAAGCAGUAAUGUUUCAGAUUAUGUUCAGAGAAACUACAAGACAGUACAUUUGCCACUUGCGACUGAAAGACAUCACCAUUCGUUCUCCAGCCUCUUCUAUCUGAAUAGAGAUGUGUUUAAAGCAUUUGUUGGCUUUGACAUGGUUCCCUCCCUGCACCCACUGGAGACGCUGCAUAACGCCCUCACGUUCAAAGACAUGGACUACUUCCUGGAACAAGCCACGUCCACCAAGUUUGCCACUCCGAUGCCCUCCCCACACAGCAGCGUUCUACACGCGGCCGUCACCGCUCAGCAGCCUCCGGUGGGGCUGCCAUUCGUAGGAGAUAAAGCCCACCCCUGGAACAGUCUGCCAUCGUCCAGCAACUCCAGUGGUGGUCCGUCCUCACCCACCACAACGGCCUCGACACCCACCGACAUCAUUCAGAAACUACGCAUGUUCAUGGCCAGUCAGGAACCCAUCAAGGCUGAUCAGGACACAGACUCGAACAACGUUUGACGAUCAGUCACUGUGCUUAAUAGGUCGUCUGUAGGCUGUAGUUAAAGAAUAUGACUUUGACAGUUUUAUUGUAUACUGAAAGAGAGAAAAUAAGGGAAGACUUGGUAUUAUACAUCAAAUUUAAUUGAAUAGUAUCACAAUGUCUGUGUAAAAUCCAAAGAUGUGAAAUGUCCGUCUCAAAAUCAAUACUAUUUCUGUGAUCAAGAUAUAACACGAUUCUGUAUACUUGAAACUUUUCAAACCAUUUGAGGAUAUAUUAUCUUUAACAAUUUUCGAUAUCCAGUUUGAAGACCACAUCUAAAAGUUUAAUAGUUUUGAUGUUCCGUUUUAAUAAUAAUUAAUUACCAUUUAUGUUUUAGUACUAACCGGUCAAAGAAUUAUGUAUAGUCAUUACUUGAUAUUCCUGUUCUUUCACCUGCCACAAUAAUAUACAUAUUAACUUGUCUCAGUUUUCAUAGCUGCUGUGAUAUGCUAAGACCACGUUUUAAGAGUUGCAUUUUAAACCAUGAUCAGGGUUUCUGCCAGAGGGUAAAAUGGGUAAGGCGCUAUACCCACAUUUUUUGCAUAUUUUUUUUUUUUUUAUGAAUCUAAUGAUACAAUUAUGUUUUUUAAACUCUAACCUUAAACCUAACCCAUUUUCUUUCUGAGGGAGACCCCCCCCAAUAUCCUCAGUUGGCUGUGGUUGCAUUUAUUACACACAUUGUAAAUAUUCAAUUUCAUAGAGCCAUACCCAAACAUUUCUUUCUGGAAGAAAUACUGAUGAUCUCUGAUAACUGUAUGGAUCUAUUGCCUCAAUAUUAUUAACCUAUAUGUACUUGGAACUAGUCAGGUGAUGAAUCUAUACUGACAACUACAACUAUAUAAUUGAAAAAUGAGUGUAGAGGUAUUGAGAUGUCAUGUACAUAAAGACAGUGUUGUGACAUCACUCAUUAUUGUCGACAGUAUGUUGAUAUUAACACAAAGAUGUAUGUGCCUUAAACAUUAUUUUUCAUGAAUGUGUGUGUGUGAAUUGAUUUCCAGGCCAGUCCAGGGCUCACCCUUUUACAUGGCGAAAUUAACCAAUUGCUAAUUUUGGUACAUUAUGGCUAUAAAAUUUAGACUUUUGCUAAUAAAAUAUUCCUGAAAUUAACCACAGUUUUAUGAUUUUCGUCGAUAUAUUCUACAAUUUCAAACAUUGGCUAAACCAAAAUUUGUUCCAGUGCGAGUACUGGGCCACUGUUGAUUACCGUACAUGGUGAGGUCGGGUUAAAUCUGACAAUUAAUCUAUGGGUAUUAAACACUGAAUUGUGUAUUAAACACUGAAUUGGGUGUCAGUUUUUUUAAUGAAUGACGUUGCAUAUCAAUUUUUUUAAUCAUGACAUUGCAUAUCAAUUAUAAUGCUUAUAUUGAAAUAUAUAUUUUUAAUGCUGACAAUGAAUGAAUUUUUGUUUUUCGUUAAAGGUAUAAUUAUGAGUCCUGUGUCAUGAUUUCAACAUUAGACUGAAAUUUCCAUUAACGUGUUAAAAUAUGACAAAGACAUGUUGAUUUACCUAUGAAAACAUAUGCUACAUGGGACUCUGCUUAGCUUUAGUGAAUUCAUUUCUUGAUAAGAACAUUUGAAAUGAAAGUAUACUACAGUGGAAAAAAUAACCAGAGAGAGACUUGUUUAAAUAUGAUUUUUACUUAUCCAAGAGUUUAGUUUGAAAUAUAUUUUUAAAACAGACACUGCUUUACUGUUUAAUAUGGAAUUUCAGCAUACUUUGUAUGUUUAUAUAAUUAUGUUGUUUAAGUGUGCUGAUAACUGUGUAUCCUAUAUGGGAGGUAGUUUAUUGUAUAUAUGUCAGAGUGUAUUUCCAGUUUGUUAGUGUAUAUUGUUGACUGUGAUAAGGGUUUGAUUUUGUAAUGUCCAGUACAAACGAUGAGCUAUAUCAAACAUGAUCAUAUUCAAUGAAUGUUGGGAGGGAAGACUGAUUAUAGUUUUAGAAUGUUAAUAAUGCAGAAAUAGCCAAAGUAUUUCUCUUGUCUUUAUUUUUGUUUUGUAUGUGAUAUGAGUAUUAUUACUAUUAAAACCCCAGUUAAUUCAACAAUCCCCUCUGUAGACAUUACCUCUGUAAGGUACCGCUUUUUAAAUUGGUGCAAAAUAAGUUGAUUUGUGCAAGACAUUUCAUGCACUUGUUAAUGUCAUACAUACCUGUAUGUAGCUUGCUAUGUGACAAGACUGACUCAUGUUUAACAUAUCUAAUCUUUUGCAGUGAUUGAAAAUAAUUUAUGUAUUUAUGCUGGUGUCUGUAUUUAAGAUGGUGAUUUUGGUAUAACAAAAAGUUGUUUAAAUACUUUGACGAAUGGUCGGAAUUGACUGUCCAUUUAUAAGGCGGAAAAGGGGGCAAUUGCUCCGGGCCCCCCUGCCAGAGGGGUCCCCAAACUAAGGACUUCCUUUAUAAAAAAAAUUUAAUAAUUA